CCUCCUCUUUUUUUUUGCUUCCUUUGGUACACUAAGUGCUGUAAAAUUACAAAUGUCUCCCAUUCCACACGGCUGACCAAAGCCAUUCAACAUUACUGAGGAAGAAUGCAAAAUUCUCAAGUUUCCUUUGCUUUUCAACACACUCUCUGCAGAUGAAUGGGCGGACAUUGACAAAGUAGUAGAUGAGCUGUGGAAGGUGACAAGUUUGCGUGUCAAGGACACCAAGACGGUCAAAGGCUCACUUAUUCAAUCCAUUAACACCGUGGCAUUGAAUCGAAAGAACUGGUUCCAGUUGGUAUCUUAUUGCCACCAGCUGAUCGCCCAUUACAAACUCAAGAAGAUUACCGCAACAUUUAGUUUUGCAUGGACUCUGAAAAAGCAAAAACAGCGUGCCUUGGACCUGGGUACUGUGAACGGUGUCAAACUCUCGCAACUGGGUGCAGAAAAGUUUGGAAAGGAGCUCGACAAACUCAUGGAUGCUGUUGACAAGGAGAACCGUGAUCCGUCGCAGCCAACUGGUGCCACCACGACCGUCAAGCAAGAGCCAAUGCAGCAACAGCAAGGUGUAUUGGAAGAAUGUGCCGAAUACAUGACAAUGACUGAGGCCGAUGGUGUAGCUUUCAAAGAUUCGACCCUUGGCACGAUUAUCAAGCAAAAAGCAAUCAGUAUCUACUGCAAGUGGAAGAACGACAUGCCCCUAUCAGACCAAGAAUUGCAUUGGAUGGCCUGUGGGUUGUCUUCCAUCUUGGAUUUGACAAAAAUAGACUUGACUAUGGAAUUCUUGGACUGUACUAAGGACGAGCUGGAACAAGUGUCUAGUCCCCCAGUUGACAAGCGAAGUCGCAAGCAAUAUCAUCUCCCUGCCUUGGUGAAUCAAACAUAUGACAUUGUCGUGUCGCUAAUCGAAAAGGAACACAAUGUCAAGAAGGCCAUCUUGUACAUUCAGCAAAUCAAAACAAGCUGCCUUGACACAGAACGACUGCUUGCAGCACUGGUCACAUUGAUCAAGAUCGUUGACACCAACGCAUUUCUGCUCAACCCUGAUAACUCGGCCCGCGUGACAGAGUAUGAUUUCAUCACGCAAGUUUGGACACCCAUCCUAAAGUCAUUGAUUGAUAUUCAUGGUGUGUUGCGCAUGAAAAUUGGAGAGUCUAGUCCGGCCCAAGGCAUUGUUUGUCGCAAGCGCUCCUACAGUGACGCCCGAGUUGGAUUCAAGGUGGACUUGCGGCUGUUGUUUGAUUCGCGCCAAAAUGAACACGACCUGCUUGCUCUCGAAGCUGCAAAGGCGGGUGACGCAUCCAAAUUGUGCCAUGACAUUUGCAAACUUAUGCGCGAGGCCAAGGACAAUCUCGAUGCUAUCCUGCAGCACAUCCUGAAACGUCACAUGAAAAAGCCAGUCUUGUCCUGGUACAUGCACACCAAUGGUGUCAGUGCGCAUACUGGCACAGUUCACAUUGCUAAGGCUGGUCUUUAUUUGGCAUUGCAUGAAUCAAAAAACUCAGAUAAUGUCCUGUUACUGUUCCAAUUCUAUAACCAUCAGUCUCACACCAGAGCUUUCUCUUCUUGAUACGCUUCGGAACUCGCAAACUAACAUUAAUUAAACCUGUGGCAGAAAUUGCACCUAAAAUAGAUGUUGCUUUUGCUUUAGUCAUGGGCACUGUAACUACUGCAGGAGUGCCUUUCUUUGACCAAGCCAUACCCCGUUUCAAAUUAAUGUGAAAGGCGGAUUCAUCAAGAAAGACACAAUUUGUUGUGAAAUCCAGGAUGAAACUGUGCUUGCUUAAUAGACAGAUUACACUUAUUUGUCAUGAAGUUAUAAACAGUACUACGAGAAACGUUGAGAUCCUCAUAGUUUUGUUUCAAACUUUCCACCACUUCAUUGACAACGGCAGAAGGAUUCUCAU